GCGGGAGGGAAAGAGGAGGGAAGAGGAAGAGAAAAAAAAAGAGGGAGGAAAAACAACAAAGAACAACAACUACCGGGAAGCCGACCGCUGGAUGGCCUUUCUCUCCGCGCCGAUGUCCGCGACCCGUCCGGCGUCAGCCGAGGAGAAGCCGGCGGAGGCGGAGCGGCGGGGACACACGGACCGAGGCGGCCGCGGCAACUGAGCGGACCCCGUGGGGGGAAGGACGUCGUCUACCGCUUGUGGCUAACAUGGCGUCUCCCACUGAUCUUUUUGACGAGCCUACUCCCGAGAUGCAAGUUUUUGGCCCCCCUCUGUGCACCACAGAGUCUGAUGGGGGAAGACCCCCUCCCAUCUCAAGACCUCUCGGGUUCCCCCUAAUCCACCAUCUCCUUCAGCCGCUUGGAGCCCCCAAGAGGAUGGGAGGGCAACUGCAACCAAACUCUUAUAACCCAAACCACGGUACACACAGAUACUUAGACUGCAGAAUUGUGGAGGAACAGGAGAAGGAGAGGGAUGGAGAUGUUGGGCGGGGGGUGGGAGGAGGACAGGAAGGAGGGACGCGGGUAGAGGAGGGACUUUUUGGGGUUAAGAAGAGGCGUACCAGUGCCACCCUUGUGGCAGAGUGGAGUCAAGAUGUCCUGAGAGUGAAGAAGAUGAAACUUGAGAACGUUGUCGGACGGAGAGAGGGGGACACGGUGGAGGGGAGUGGCCGGAGGGGGAGGAGGAGGGAGGGGAGGAGGAGGGAGAGGGAAGAGCUAAAGGAGCAGCUGGAGGAGGCGAGAGGGAGGCUGCGGGCCCUGCAGGAGAAAGUGUGGAGGGCUUUCGGAGAAAAGCACACGGAGGAGGACUUAAAGAAAAGGAGUAGCAACAAAAAUGGAGACGAAACAAACGGAGGAAAGGAAGAGAAAGGGAUGUCAGAAGAGGAGGAUGUCACAGAGGGAAUGUUCGAUGAAGGAGAGAUUAAUGGUGGAGAUAUGGAUGACUCUGCUUCUCUCCAUCCCGCACCCAGACUCCAUAACCUCCACCAGCAAGGGAGGACAGAGGAGAGAGAGAAAGACAGAGAAAGAGGGGGAAGUGGGGAGAAAGCAAGGGGAGGGGAGUCAUACCUGGAGGGGGUGAUGGAGAGAGCGGGGAUGUGGUUGGGUUGCAGUGAACUGGUGAGAGAGGAGUGGGACAGAGACGUGAACACAGGAGAGGAGGAGGAAGAAGAAGAGGAGCAGGGGGGCCAGAAGUUUGCCCAGGCAUUGAAACUUGAGCUGGGGAGCGCCGUGGCCCGCGUUAUCGACCGCGUCCUCCGGCUUUACACCGAAACCACUGAACUGGCAUCUCCUUCUCCGCCCACCUCGAUUUCCUUCCUUCCACCUGAGAUCGGAAAUGAGGGGGGGAGGGAGAGGGGGGCAUGGAUGGAGCUGCUGAUGAGAGAGGGAGGGGAGGAGAAGAGGAGCAGCAAUAACGAGCAGGUGGACGCACUCGGAGGAGAGAGAGAGAGGCGACCCCAGAGGACGAGCAACGGGAGUGCCCCGUCUCUGGGCCGAUCAGAUCGCAGAGAACACCCAGUAGAUCCGGCGACAGCGUUGGCUAUUCGGAGGUCACAUGACCAACGAAAGGCCAAUCCGCUCUUGGGACCGUCUCUCCCUGCCCACCUCCCUUCCUCGCACCCAAACCUCCCCCUCCAUCAACCGUCCCUCCGUCGUCACCCGCCCCCACCUCAUCCCUCCCUCCUGCCUCCCCCGUCGCAGCCAAAAGGCCCCUCCUCCUUCCUCCACUCCUCCUCCUCUUCCUCAUUCCCUCCCCCUCCUCCCCCUCUCCCCCUUCCCUUCCUCCAUUACUCCAUGCAGCAACUAUUCUCUCGUUCUUUUACCCACCCCCAGCUCCCCCACCUCCCUCCUUCUCACAAGGACUAUUUGAGCUCCGACCCCUUCCUGGAGUUCCCUCCUCACCCCUCCUCUCACCCCUCCUACCCCCCGCUCCCCCUGCUGGGACACCUGGAGCCCUCCCUGGCCCCCCAUCCCCACGGGGACAGAGAGAGGGACAGAGUGGUGAGGGGAGACGGAAGUAUAAGGGGUGGAGUGGGGGUGGACAGAGGAGAGCUGUAUCUGCAGUCCGGAGGAACCCAGGAAGGUUUGUCUCCCUGCCAUCUGAAGAAAGCCAAGCUCAUGUUCUUCUAUACGCGCUACCCCAGCUCAAACACUCUUAAGACCUACUUCCCUGACGUCAAGUUUAACCGCUGUGUGACCUCCCAGCUGAUUAAGUGGUUCAGCAACUUCAGGGAGUUCUUCUACAUCCAGAUGGAGCGUUUUGCACGACAGGCCGUCCGCGAGUCUCUCACCCGGGACGGUGGCUCUCGUGCGGGAAGGGAGGGUCAGCUGCGUAUGGGCCGGGACACAGAACUCUAUCGAAUACUGAACAUGCACUAUAAUAAGAGUAAUGUCUAUCAGGUCCCAGAUCGAUUCGUCGAGGUGUCAGAGGUGGCUCUGAGGGAGUUCUACUCCGCCAUUCACACUGGCAGAGACAGCGACCCCUGCUGGAAGAAGGGGAUCUAUAAAAUCGUCUGUAAACUAGACGGGCCCGUCCCCGAUACUUUCAGACUGCCGGGGUGUCCCGUUGGCUGAGGCGGCUCUUUUCCUCAGCUACUGUCGGACAAUGCACGCAAACACACACACACACACACACACACACACACACACACACACACAUACACACACACACACACACACACACACACACAGAAGGAAGGAAAUCAUCCUAAGCCCUUUGAAAAAGCAGUCCAUACCGUUUCAGACUGCUGGGCUUUUCUUAUGGGGGGGGGGCAUCAGUGCGUAAACGCAAGCACCCUGAAAAUCCCUGUUGAUUUAAAAACACAACCCAUUUAAAAAGACACUGUUGGAAAUCCACAAGGUUUUAGAAAAGACGACUAGCACCGACAUACUUACUAUGCCCCUUUUCCACUACAUGGUACCGGCUCGACUCGGCUCGCUUCUGCGUCGUUUUCCAUUACCGUAACAGUACCCCCUCAGUGUAGCUGGUCGUCAUAGCGACGCCUGGUUAAACUGCUGUGAUUUCAUCUUUAAGAUAACUCCGCUUCCACCGCGUCGGUAUCAAGGGCGUGCAGGUAGCGUAGCGGUCUGUUCUGUUGCCUGCCAAUACCGGAACCUCCGGCUCGGGCGGGCGUCCCGACAGACACAAUUGGCUGUGUCUGCGGGUGGGAAGCCGGAUGUGGGUAUGUGUCCUGGUCGCUGCACUAGCGCCUCCUCUGGUCGGUCGGGGCGCCUGUUCGGGGGAGGGGGGGUAGCGUGAUCCUCCCACGCGUGACGUCCCCCUGGUGAAGCGCCUCACUGUCAGGGGAAAAGAAGCGGCUGGCGACUCCACAUGUAUGAGAGGAGGCAUGUGGUAGUCUGCAGCCCUCCCCGGAUCGGCAGAGGGGGUGGAGCAGCGACCGGGACGGCUCGGAUGGGUGGGGUAGUUGGCCAAGUACAAUUGGGGAGAAAAGGGGGGGGGGCAAAAAGAAAAAAAACGCGUCGGGUGAUACCCCCCCUUUUUUUUUGGUCGGGUGAUAUCCAUUGCGCGCAUUGAUGACGCAGUGACGCAAAAUGACGCAGUGACGCGUUUCUCUGACCAAUCAGAGGUCCGCGUUGAUUUUGGUACGCGCUCCAGUUUUUUGCGCCAUCGACACGGGUGGUACAAGAGAAGCGGUAACAGUCACCAAAAUGCCGGUACUUCCCAGUAAUGGGAAACGAAACGAGUCGAGUGGAGCCGGUACCAUGUAGGGGAAAGGGGGCAUUGUUAGACCACCGGUCUCUUAACAAUAUAAAAAGUUCGUAGGUUGCGCAGGACAAUGAAAGUAUGUUCAGGACAAGGCGCACACAAAACACACAAGGACAAGAAUGCGUGUGUGUACACACACGCACACACGCAGGAUCAGCGACAGGGUCUUAAACAAUACACUCGGCUCUCUGAUAAGAGCCCUGUGACAGCAAUUACCGACGAACGGGAGCUGACCGUGGAACUGAAAUGGACAUAAUCUGAAUUCUCUCUUAAAACAUUCCUCGCACUGGUGCACAAGAUGGCUGCCGUGACGUUUCCAGUGGAGACAAUCACAGCCGCAGCCACGAAGCCGGGCUCGGCGGAGUCGGCGUCCUCCUUCAAAUAGCCCACAUUCUCUACGGGUUGCUUGGUUGGUGCGCGCAAGACCUCUGAUAAUCUUACCGGCGGCAUGUGCGCAGGCGCAGCGCGCUGCGCUUGGAACUCUGCCGCGCCGCCAUGUUUAAUGGCGUUUCUCGCUGAGCGUUUUUUUUUUGGUGACAAUCGUGUGGAACCGUCGCACCAUCUGAGUCUCACCGGUGAAAACAUUCCUCAUUCUCGUCAAGCAAAGUCCAUUCCAGUGAAGACAUCGCACCCCCCCCCGCAGCAUUCCCCUCGACACAAUGGGUUUAAGAUCGCGUUAUACGCGCAGGGGCGUAGCACAAAAUUCUGGGCCCUAUACAUAAGCGGUCUCUGUGGGGGGGGGCGGCCCCUUUCCUCUUUUGUCUCUCUUUCCUUUUCUUUUCUGGGAACCUAGAUUUUGCUUUCUUUUGGGAAAAACAUGCAGCGGUGGAAAAACCCCGUCCAGAAAGUAAACACCCUAACCAUGUCUUUACUCCACCCAUGUAUUAAACCAGCUAACCAUCAGUGCAAUCUGAUGGUUUAGUACAUGGGUGGAGUAAAGACACAGUUAGGGUUUUUUACUUUCUGGACCGGGUUUUUCCACCUCUGAAAACAUGGCUGUGCUUGUGCUUGUAUCAGCAGUCACUCCCGACAGGACUAGAUGAGCUGCACUGAGAGAUGCUCCCGAGGGGCGGACUAAACCAUUUUGCACCUUUUGUAAGGGGUGAGAGGGGCCUCAGAGAGCCUCCACCGUUUUCUUUAAGUCCCUCAACCAACGUAUUGAGCCAAUGUUUAAAUGAAGUUAUGACUAAUUAGUUAGAAAUAAAAAUGUGCAAACCAAAACAAACGUUUAAUUCCAGGCUUCCCGAGGCCCCCCCUCCCUUCUGGGCCCGGGUAGACCCCCCCACCCCCACCCACCCCCACUACGCCUUCGCUGAUUAUAUGUCAGGAAGUGUCAUGUCUAUCCAAUAGCGUUCUGAAGACCAGAAAUUGAAUGUACCACUGGGAACUGUUCACUUCACUAUAUGAAGAUGAGCAAAAAAGAAAAAGAAAGAAAGAAAACGAUCCGACGCUGUGUCAGGUCAAACUUGGCCACCUUUUCCAAACAGACGUAGCUGCAGGAGGAAGAGCCAGCGUGCAUCAGCCGCACCAAACACGCCGACGUCUAACCUCCCUCAAGUUGUAUGACGUCACAUUACAACACCGGCAUCCAUUUCUCAGUGACGGGCUGCUUUUACUUCCGGCGUCUGUACGCUUCCCCUCGCAAGUGCUGGACUUCCUUGUGCACUGAGCAUCUCCCACGACGUGCUACGUUUGAAAUACAGAUGUUUUGCUUGGCUUUGAGUACUCUUGGUUGAUUGGGUGGAUUUUUUUAAUUAUUAUUAUUAUUAUUAUUUUCUGUCCAUCACUCACACUCAUUAAAUGUAUUGCUGUUCAUGGCCUGGAAGGCGCCUUGUGAAUUAUGGUAUAAUCUUCGUGCGCUGACCUGGACGUGCAGAAACAAGGCUCUAAGUUACGUGAACGAAAACGUGAAUAAUGAUGCUUAAUUAGCAUGCCCCUCCCCCCUCCCAUUUUUUUCCUCCCCAAUUGUACCUGGCCAAUCACCCCACUCCCUGAGCCGUUCCAGUCGCUGCUCCACCCCCUCUUCCAAUCCGGGGAGGGCUACAGACUACUUCCGACACGUGUGGAGCCGCUAGCCGCUUCUUUUCACCUGACAGUGAGGAGUUUCACCGGGGGGGGGGGGGCGUAGCGCGCGUGC